AAAAAUUUUUUUUUAGCAAAUUUAUGAAGUAAUGAGCACGAGAGUCUUCAUGUAAUUUAGUCAAAAUAUAUUUAUUGUAAUUUAGUCAAAAAAUACUUUAUAUUUAAUAAAUAAAAUAAUUGUAGCGACCAAAUUGAAACUCCCGUAUGUAUUUUUUCUCGCGCUCUGGUGCGCCGCCACCAGCUACUCGCCAUGCCGUUCGCAAGUCUUUGUUCUCGACAGUGUUGUUUUGGCUGUGGCGGUGUGCAGACUAUAUCUCUCAAAAAGAACUAUAAUCUUAAGUAAUGAAAAUUUUAUAUUUAUAUGGCCAUGGAAUCUAUUACUAAAAAAAGGAAAAUAGCAGAAGAAAAGAGGAAAUUUAAUAUCCAAUGGACGGAAAAAUAUUUUGUGACCGAGUUAUUUGGCAAUAUAACAUGUCUUAUAUGUAAUGAUAAGAUUAGCGUAUGCAAGGAAUACAAUGUCAGACGUCAUUAUGUUUCGAAACAUGAGUCAGAAUAUCAGACAUUUAAUGAAGAAAGAAGAAAAACGAAAAUUGAAGAAUUGACAAAGGCAAUUAGCUCACAACAAGCUAAUCUUCAAAAACAUAUUGUUAAAAGUGGAACAUGUACAAAAGUUAGUUACCUUAUAGCUGAGAAAUUAGCUAAGAAAGGAAAACCUCUUAUUGAUGGAGAAUUAAUAAAAGAAUGCAUUGUUAUUGCUUUUAAUGAGUACUGUCCAGACAAGGUGAAUUUAGUAAAGGAAGCAUGUCUAUCACAUCAGACAAUUGGCAGAAGAAUUGAUGACUUGGGUGAUAAUAUUGAAGGCAUACUGAAGGACAAAUUAUCUGCAUGCGUUCUUUACAGUUUAGCGUUGGAUGAAAGUAUUGACCAAAGUGAUACUGCACAAUUAGUUAUUUUCAUUAGAGGAAUUGAUGAAAAUUUCAAUAUUAUUGAAGAAAUGUUGGACUUGUGUCACAUAAAGGGCACAACAAGAGGCAAGGACAUAUAUGAGAUUGUUAAUUUGUCAUUAGAUAAAUUCAAUAUUGAUAGGAAAAACAUUUAUUCAAUUACAACUGAUGGUGCUCCUGCCCUGACUGGUCAACACAAUGGUUUUAUUAGUUUAUUUAAAGAAUCUGUUGAUCAUGAGAUUCUCAGUUACCAUUGCUUGAUACAUCAACAACAAUUAUGUGCUCAAAAGCUAAAUAUGAAACAUUUGAUGACUGAUCUUGUCAAGGCUGUUAAUUUCAUCAGAUCACGGGGUUUAAAUCAUCGCGAAUUUAAAGCAUUCUUGGACGAAGUUGGCAGUGAAUAUGAAGACGUAGUAUAUUUCUCAGAAGUUAGAUGGCUCAGUAAAGCAGCAACCUUAAAAAGAUUUCAGUUAUUGUUGCCUGAAAUAAAAGUGUUCUUGGAAAAAAAGAAGCAAAAUGUGGAUUUUUUAGAAAAUGAAGAAUGGUUGAAUGAUUUAUCUUUCUUUGUAGACAUCACCGAAGUAUUAGCUGAACUUAAUUUGCAUUUACAAGGAAAGGACCAAUUAUGUUCCUCAAUGUUUGAGCGAAUAACUAGUUUCACAAAGAAAUUGGAACUUUUUAUAGCACAGCUAAAAGCUGGUAAAAUUGUACACUUCCGUAGUCUAUCUGAAAGAGAAAAAAAGUUUUCUGUAAACUAUGAAAAAUAUACUAAAUUAUGUGAGGAUUUGCUUGGAGAGUUUACGAUUAGAUUUUCUGACUUUAGAAAGAUUGAAAUUGAGUUAAAAUUGUUUAGUGAUCCAUUUUCAUUUGAAUAUGAUAAAGCACCAGUGGAGUACCAACUUGAACUGAUUGAGCUGCAAAGUCGGGAAGGUUUAAAAACUUUUCACAGGGAGAACACACUUCCUUCAUUUUAUAAGAAAUUGCAUUCUCUCAAAAAUGAAUUCAAUCAAAUUCUAAAUUUAUCCAGAAAAUUAUUAUGUAUGUGGGGAAGUACAUACUCUUGCGAGCAGUUUUUUUCAAGCAUGAAAAACAUUAAAACUGCAGAAAGAAACAGGUUGACUGAUAGACAUUUAGCAAACAUUCUUAGAAUUAAGAAUGCAUCCUUCGAUGCAAAUAUUGAAAACAUUAUGGCUGGAAGACAAAGUCAAAAGUCUCAUUGAUUUAAUAUUGAUUAAUUAAAUUUAAUGUGUUUUUUAUGUAUAGCUACAUAUAAACAUUACAAUAUUUACAACGUUGUAAUAAUGUAAAUAAACUGUAUUCACGUG